AUGGAUGAUGAAAUCAGAGCACAAGUUUAUCAUGCUAAUGAAUGGCAAAGUGAUGAAGAAGGUGAACAAGAGGCGGUGACGAAUAAGUACAGAAUUCAUGAUCCAAACACACCAUGGGAUAAGAUGGAACCUAAGGUAGGUGAUAUGUUUGAGUCUCCUGCACAACUUAAGUUUUGUAUUCAAAAUUAUGGGGUGUCAAAUGGAUAUCAGAUAUACUUUGAAAAAUGUGAUAAAACUAGACUAGUUGCAAGAUGUGGGAAGAGGACAGAGAUGAAUGAUUGUCCUUUCAGAUUGUAUGCUGGAUGGAUGUAUAAUGAAAAAUCAUUUCAAGUUAAAAAUUUGGUUGGAGAGCAUCGUUGCAGUAGGAAGUUCAAAUUUGGAAGUCUUGUUUCCCCUGAAUGGAUAGGUAGGCAUUACAUUACUGAAAUUGCAAACACACCUAAGAUGAAACUGAGGGACAUGAUUGCUGAUAUCAAACAAAGGUUGAGAUGUGUAUUAUCCAUUAGGCAAGUCCGUAGGGCAAAAAAGUCGAACCCAGGUUUAACAUGCAAAGUUAGUGUCACUGUCAAUCCAGAUGGGAAGAACUACUUCCAUAGAUUUUACAUUGGUUUCAAAGCUUUAAGUGAUGGAUGGAAAUUAGGGUGUAGAAUAGUAAUUGGUUUGGAUGGAUGCUUCCUGAAAGGACAGGUGAAGGGUGAGUUGUUGACUGUCAUUGGUAGGGAUGCUAAUAACCAGGUAUAUCCUAUAGCAUGGGUUGUUGUUGAUGUUGAAAACAAGCCUAACUGGACUUGGUUUAUUGAGCUUCUUAGAGAUAGUGUAGACCUUCAAGAUGGCAGAGGAUUGGUGGUGAUAUCUGACCAACAUAAGGGAUUAAGUGAAGCUGUAAAAGAGAUACUCCCAAAUGUUGAGCACAGGCAAUGUGCCAGGCAUGUUUAUGCCAAUUUCAAGAAAGCAUACACAGGGUUGGAGUUCAAGAAAUUAUUUUGGGCUGCAUCAAUGAGUUGUGUAGAAAAGCUUACUUUGAUAGGGGUUAUGCGUGUGAAGCAGUUGAGAAUGGAAUCUCUAAGUGUUUCAACUCAAUCAUUGUUGAUGCUAGGAAAAAACCCCUUAUCACAAUGCUUGAGGAGAUCAGGAUAUAUAUAA